AUGAUACAAGUAAUAUAUGGCUAUACAUCAUGUCCAUGUCGAUGUUUCUGUGAAAUUUGAACAUGUUUCCUGUUUUUUCCCUCCCCAGGGAGGAGCUCAUUUUCAAGCGAAAACCCACGAUUUCAGCAGGCAUAAAAAUUCCAAAAGAAGAACUCCUGCAGAAGAGGGCGGCAGCAGCUACGGCCCCCCGCCUUCCUCGGUGUCCUCCCCCUCCGUCCUCAACGAAGCGCCUCGUCUCCCCGCGCCCCCGGCCCACUCCCGCCGCCCGCGCAACCAACGGCAUUACACAGGUCACGCCUGGGCGCACGGCGGGGACGCGCGGCCGCGCGGGAGGGCGGGGGCGACGCGCGCGCGCAUCAGCCGUUCCGCCGGGAACUCCCGCUCUGGCACGAUCGUCGCCGUGCGACAGGCCGCUGGCCAAACGCGCGCGCGAUAGCCGAGGGAAGGAGGAGGAGGAGGACGAGGAAGGGGCAAGCCGGCUGCGGGAUUCACCAUGACCAAUAACUUCCUCACGACGAUAAAGAGCCUGAAGCUGAUCGAGGGUUGCAAGGCCGCUCAAUUAUACGCCUUAAGCUCCGUCGGAGCCUCCACGUCCGGCUCGGCGGAUUCCGGCGUGAGCAGCAUCGGCAAGCCCCAUCCCCCGCCUCCUCCAAAGGCCAUCUCGAUGCGGUCCGGAUCGCUCUACUACCCGCACGCGGCGCCGUCCACGUCGGGGGCCUUCGUACCAGAGCCGCACCUGCCGUGCGGCCUCCCGGUGGCCGACGCGCUCGAGCCGGCCCUGGACGCGUGCCUGCGACCCGUCGACCACGUCGGCGCGCUCGCCGCGUCGUACCGGCGGGUCUCGGCCGCCACGUCCGGGGCCGACGACGACCUCUGCGACGCGUACCUGGAGCAGCACGCGCUGUUCCAGUCGAUCGGCGACGCGCGGCUGAUCCGGCGGGCGCUGCGUGCUGCGCGCGUCCACGCGGACAACCCGCACCGGCGCGCCGUGCUCGCCGCGUGGCUCCGGUACCAGCGCCGCGAGGACGAGCUCGACCCGGCGCCGCCGCCGCUCGCGCCCUGCACCGCGACGACACCGCUGCUCGAGUGCCCCCGCGCCGCGGUCUUCGCCAGCGUGUCCCACAGCGUGGACCCGGUCUGCCCGUGCCGCCGCCCGCCGCCUCCUCCCGUCACCCCUCCACCGCACCGCCUCAGGCGCAGCACGUCGGCCGCCGCCUCCGAGAUGAGCGAGGAGGAGGAGCCGGAGACCAAUGACCUGUGGUUCAUCAUCGGCGAGGAGGAGGUGGCGUGCGACCGCUCGUGCAUUGCGGCGCUCUCUAAGCCGCUCAACACACUCCUCUACGGCGGGUUCGCCGAGGCGCACCGCGACCGGAUCGACUUCUCCCGCGACGGCAUCACGCCGCGCGGCAUGCGCGCGGUCUCCGCCUACAGCCGCCACGGCCGCGUGGACGACUUCCCGCCCGACAUCAUCUCCCAGCUCCUCGCGUUCGCCAACAAGUUCUGCUGCGAGGGCCUGAAGGCGGCCUGCGACAACCAGCUCGCAGCCAUGGUGCGGGGCCUCGACAACGCCCGAUCCCUCAUCGACAUCGGCCUCGAGGAGGCCUCCCACCUCCUCGUGGCCUCCUGCCUCCAGGCGUUCCUGCGGGAGCUCCCCAAGUCGCUCACCUACCCGGACAUCGCGCGCCUGCUCUGCAGCCCGGAGGGGCGAGAGCGCCUUGACAUUUCCGGUAACGCGUCCUUCGCGCUCUACUACUUCCUCUCUUACGUCGCCAUGGAGCAGGACAUGAGGUCCAACACCACGGUGAUGCUGUUGGAGAGGCUGAAUGAAUUCGCGGAGCAGCCAUGGCAGAAGCAGCUGGCGCUGCACCAGCUCGGGUGCGUGAUGCUGCAGCGCGGCGAGUUUGAGGAGGCGCAGGAGUGGUUUGAGGCCGCCGUUGCCGAGGGCCAUGUCUACUCGCUCGCCGGAGAGGCGCGCGCCAAGUACAAGCGCGGGCACAAGUACGCUGCGUACAAGCUGAUGAACAGUGUCGUCGGCGACUACGACGAACCCGCCGGGUGGAUGUACCAAGAGCGCUCCCUGUACUGUGUCGGCAAGGAGAAGCUGGCUGAUCUGCAGGCGGCGACGGAGCUGGACCCGACGAUGACAUUCCCGUACAAGUAUCGUGCUUGCGCGUUGUUGGAGGAGGACAAUGCCGAGUCCGCGGUCGCAGAGAUCAGCAAGGUCGUCGGUUUCAAGAUGGCGACCGAUUGCCUGGAGCUCCGGGCGUGGUUCUACCUUGCGCUUGAGCAAUGCGAGCUGGCUGUGCAGGAUGUCAGGGCGAUACUGACGUUGGAUCCAACUUACAUGAUGUUCCAUGGGAGAAUGCAUGGGGAACAGCUGAUUGAGCUCCUCCGAGGACAGGUGCGGCAGUGGGAUAUGGCAGAUUGCUGGAUGGAGCUGUACGAUCGGUGGUCGGCGGUGGAUGACAUCGGCUCUCUGGCGGUUGUCCAGCAGAUGCUCGCUAGGGAACCGGGAAACAGCAGCUUGCGGUUUCGACAGUCACUUCUCCUGCUAAGGCUAAAUUGUCAGAAAGCUGCCAUGCGUAGUUUGCGAUAUGCUCGGAACAGUUCACUCCAUGAGCAUGAGAGGCUUGUCUAUGAAGGGUGGAUUCUGUAUGACAGUGGACAUCGGGACGAAGCAUUAGCCAAGGCUGAGCAGUCGAUUGGACUUCAAAGAUCAUUCGAAGCCUUCUUCCUGAAGGCGUAUGCUUUAGGAGAUUCUAGCCUCGACACAGAAUCUUCGCUCUCCGUUGUACAGCUUCUGGAACAUGCUAACAGUUGUGCUUCUGACAACCUUCGGAAGGGGCAAGCAUACAACAACAUGGGGAGCAUCUACGUGGACUGUGACAUGCUGGAUGAGGCUGCCGAGUGCUACGGCAUAGCACUGAACAUAAAGCACACACGGGCGCAUCAGGGUCUAGCUCGAGUCCAUUACUUGAAAAAUAGGAAAAAGGUUGCAUAUGAGGAGAUGACGAAGCUCGUGCAGAUAGCUAGCAACAGCGCAUCGGCGUAUGAAAAACGGUCAGAAUAUGGUGAGCGCGACGCUGCAAGGAACGACCUGAACACAGCGACGCUUCUUGAUCCUACAAGGACAUAUCCUUACAGAUACAGAGCAGCUGUUUUGAUGGACGAGGGCAAGGAAGAGGAGGCGAUCGCGGAGCUGUCAGGAGCCAUAGCUUUCAAGCCGGACGUCCAGCUGCUCCACCUCCGCGCGGCCUUCUUCGACUCCAUGGGCGACACCGAGAGCGCCCUGCGGGACUGCGAGGCCGCGCUCUGCCUAGACCCGACCCACGGCGACACGCUGGAGCUGUACAGCAAAGCCUCCUCCACCAAGGCCGACGAACCCCAGAGCUAGCCGGCCGGCCGCCGCCGUCCUCGUCGUUGAUUCAGCUGCGAUUUUUGCGAGGCAGAAUGAUGAGACGAUCUCUUGUCUACUCUCACGGGGGUGGAAGCAGACGGAGCACUGCAGAUCAGUGAGAGGCAGGAGCACCAGAACAUGCACAUAUCUCUAAGGAGUAUAUACAAGAGCCUUAGUUCUCUGUUACUCAUAGUUGGACUUGGGAGGCACCGCAGGAGAUUGACCACGUGUUGUUUAAGGUAGACUGCGCAGCAGGUGACAAAGAGCAUGCAUCAAAGGGUUGCAGUUGCAGACGGCCAGCACCUCCAGAAGAAAGAGAGGAGGAAAAGGCUGAAGAGAGAGAGAGGGAGAGCCAGGUCAGCAAGGUGUUCAAACCGCCGGCGGUAUCUACGAAUCUUCCUCUUUUUCUUCUUUUGUAUAUGUGUAUGCCUUGUGAAGUGCAUUCGGAGGCACGACUGAUUACAAAGAAUUCGAGUUUUUAAAGUAAUGCAGCGAAAGCGAAGAUUCUCUCUGUAGUGGGUGUACUCUGUAUUAUGAGUUGUGGUUCCGUCGUGCCUCCAGCUAACGAGGCCAUGACAUCUGCUGCAUUGCAUUUCUUGGUUGCA